AUGCCGGAAACUCAAAAAAAUGUGUACAGCAUUGUUAGUGGUGAUGAAUCGUGGAUUUACUGUUAUGAACCAGAAAAUAAACGACACUUGGCUGUUUCGGUGUUGCAAGGUGAAGAAAAGCCAACAAAAGUCAUCCAUUCCCGAAGUGUUUUGAAAAAGAUGGUCGCGACAUUUGUGUCAAAAGCGGGUCAUAUUGCAAUAAUUCGUCUAAAUGAGCAAAGAACUAUUACUGCGGAUUGGUAUCCCAUCAUUUGUUUGCCAAAAGUCAUCACCGAGAUUCGAAAAAUCAACCCCGAAGGAAGCAUCAUCCUCCACCAAGACAAUGCAAGCUCGCACACAGCCCAAAAAACAAGGCAGUAUUUAACGGAAGAAAACGUGGAAUUAUUGGAGCAUCCUCCAUAUAGUCCCGAUCUAAGUCCUAACGAUUUAUUUACUUUCCCGAAAAUUAGAAACAGACAGCGUGGUCAAAGGUUCCAGUCACCAGAAGAAGCAGUUGACGCAUUCAAAAAUGCCGUUUUGGACCUGCCAGCAAGCGAGUGGAAUAAGUACUUCAAAAAUUGGUUCGAGAGCAUGUAG